UUACGUAAACUAGUGUGGAGUCGGUGCACGAGCGUGUCACGGAGAGAAGAACCCCCGCUCGGCUCAGUGGAAGUCAUGUUCGCGUAAUUGCCGCCAUACCCCCCUCCACCUGCUUCAGCUCUGUGAGCCUCACAGCCGGACGCUCGCGGUAAUCAUCAACCGAGCACCGUUGGCAGGCAGGAGCUGCUCGUUUGCGGAAGCGCGCGCGCUCUCUCGUGCGGUCCCGGAAGAUUUCUUUAAUUUGAAGGGCGCGGGGAAGGGACAGGACUCUGCGCGUGCCGUGGUAGCCCGUGUCUUUAAACGCACGAGGGGCAUUUGCGUUUUCUGAGAUGUAGCCCGCAUCGCUUCAAGCCCACAUGCGCUGGGAUGCCGAUGGUUUGAUCUGGGGGGCCACUGGAAGGGGACGUUCAGCCGGUUUUUGGUUAAUGGUUCACUUCGUCUCGUGAUUCCUGUAAACUCACGACCCCCACCGAGGCUGUGCCGAGACGGGCCGACCGCUACAUCUGUAGAGACGGUUUACUCCACAUCCAUCAGCUGGAACACCCACCUCCUCAACCGAACCCAGGCAGGCACAGAAAUGGACCAAGAUACUGCGACCCAACGCCAGACACAAGAAGACAAGCCAGAGGCGGCAGCCGAAGCUCGAACAAUAACUCCGGCUGCAGCGUCGGAUACAGCGGCUCUAGACACCGUUUCCACUGCCAAGCAGCCGGCAGCUUCUGCCAGGCCCCGACGGCCACAGAUAAGUGCCCGGGUAGAGGGCUCUGUAGACGUCGCUGAGCCCAAAGCUGAGCCCAAAGCUGAGCCCAAAGCUGAGCCCAAAGCUGAGCCCACUCCAGUGGCGAACCAGGAGGAGUGCACUCCUGAUGGCACUGUGGCAAGUUGCCUCAAACCCUCUCGCCAUGCAACAUUCAAACCCUCAGGAGAGUGCACUGGGCCCGGCGCUGAGGUCGGUCCUAAAGGGCCGGGCCACCACCCGAUCCGGGCGGCGUCAGUCCCCCACCCGCCUGCCAGCCGGCCUGUGGCUCCUCACCUGAACCCUCAGACACAGAGAGCUGUCUCUGUCGCCGGGCCAGCUGACACCCAGGCCCAGGCUGUGGAGGACUUCAGGCUGCACGUCAUCACUUGGAACGUGGGGUCGGCCACGCCGCCUGAUGACAUCACGUCCUUGCUGGGGCUGAACGUGGGCGAUGGAAACACUGACAUGUACAUUAUCGGGCUGCAGGAGGUGAACUCUAUGAUUAACAAAAGGCUGAAAGAUGCCCUCUUCACAGACCAGUGGAGCGAGGUCUGCAUGGAGAGACUCAGCCCCUUUGGUUAUGUGCUGGUGGCCUCCCAGAGGAUGCAGGGCUUGCUGCUGCUGGUCUUUGCCAAGUACUUCCAUCUGCCCUUCCUCUGCGGAGUCCAGACCGAGACCACCCGCACCGGCCUGGGGGGUUACUGGGGGAACAAAGGGGGUGUGAGCGCCCGCAUGUCGGUGUUCGGCCACACCAUCUGCUUCCUCAACUGCCACCUGCCGGCUCACAUGGAGAACUCUGGUCAGCGCAUGGAGGACUUCGAGAGCAUCCUGCAGCAGCAGCAGUUUGAGGGCCAGACUGCCACUGGGGUCCUUGACCAUGAUGUGGUGUUCUGGUUUGGGGAUCUCAAUUUCCGCAUUGAUGACCUGGAUAUGCAAGUGGUGAAAUCAGCCAUCGAUAACAACAAGUUUCCAAUGCUGUGGGAAAAGGAUCAGCUCAAUAAGGUCAAAGACAGUGAGACCGUGCUGGAGGGUUUCCAUGAAGGGCCGCUGAAAUUUCCUCCCACCUACAAGUUUGAUGUGGGAACAGAUACAUAUGACACAAGUGGGAAGAAGCGUAAACCAGCUUGGACCGACCGGAUCCUGUGGCGCCUGAGGGCCACUGCGCUCAGUGCUGGGAAGCGUGGCUCCAUGUCGGGGCUGAGCAGCGGGACCAAAGUGGCACAGCACUACUACCGGAGUCACAUGGAGUACACCGUCAGUGACCACAAACCAGUCUCCUCCAUCUUUACCCUGCAGUUCCCGUACAAGUUGGACGUUCCCCUGGUCACAAUCACGGUGGAGGACGAGUGGAACAGCGUUGCUGAUGCCAUCGCAAAAUUCCGACUGGUGCCCAACUACCCACGCAGCUCCUGGGACUGGAUUGGGCUGUAUAAGGUGGGUUUCAAGCAUCAUAAGGACUACGUGGGGUACGUGUGGGCCAAGCAGGAGGAAGCUGAAUUUACUCGACAAGACCAUCAGGUAACCUUUACCGAGGAGGAAUUGCCCAAAGGCUCAGGGGACUUUAUCUUGGGUUACUAUAGCAACAACAUGAGCGCCAUUGUGGGUGUAACGGAGCCAUUUCAGAUCCAGCUUCCCACUUCAGGGCUUGAGGCCAGUUCUUCUGACAGCUCUGACUUCAGCUCAGAGGAUGACGGCACUGCUGUCCUCAUGAAGACGGGGUCCCGCAGUCCCAGUCCAUGCAAAGCCAAGCACCGCAGCCACCGCAGCCACACCUCCAGCCGCUCUGGCAGCCCUGUGCAGGCCAAAGGGAACGUGCUCAACGUCAACACGACAACAGCGGAGAGCGAGUCCACAGGACGUCCAGCCGAGGACAGCAGCGGCCAGGUGUCGGCUCCUGAGGAGAAAGAAAAAGAAACGGCGGGUUCAGGGAUGUGAUGCAACACCUCGCCCUGCUGCUGCCACAGGUCACAGAGCCAACUGGUGUGUCUUUUAUCAAAUACAUCCAUUGUACUGUAUGUUCUCUAUGAUGAAAAUAUACAGUUUCUGAUGCCAUCCUUUUCAGGAAACCGCCAUCUGGUUCUUCCAGAAGGCUUACUUUGCCUCGAGUUGUCCUAUUGAGCUGUGCACGUUGUAUAUUUUUAUUUGUAAACCUUUCACUCUGUUUCUUCUACCUUUGUCGGCUCUCAGGUGUGGACAGUACAGGGAGCUUACACCUUGCAUUUGGAAAUACUCAAGGAUGCUAUGUAGAGUAAAAGAGUGGUGACUUAAUACUCUAUAGAAACCAUCUUGCCCAUAUUCCGACAAUGAUUUGAUACUCUGGACUGUUGUAGCAGUCAUGUGAGCAGGCCACAAACCAACAACAGGAAACACUUUUACUAGUACGACAUACUUCACACCAAUCAUUUAGUUGUGAAACAUGUAUUGCUCUGCCAAGAUGACCAUAGAAAGAUAGUAGGGGGGAAAAAGCAAUUUAUUCCAACACAUUCUACGUCAGCAUCAACCGCUCUGUCAACAAUGACUUAUUUAAUUAGCUUCUUCAAAUGGAGAGCGACAUGAAAUUUGACUUGCUUUGGAAACGCUUUAUGCUGCGUUCACACACAAAGCAUUACGCAGCAACAUGGUGCAUAACACGUGGGGAGCAUUUAAAAUGACCCACCAAUGGGAAUAAAGACCUUCCAGGGUGCAUGGAAAAAGCGAGCAGAAGCAAAGUGGGUGGAGACGGGUUCAGGGGGCUCGGCCUCCACCCGUGGCGGCAGCAGCAUCACAUGCCCGCCUAGAAAGUGAAAGUGAGUGUAAAGGCCUUUCAAUAAAUGGCCAAAUCAGUGCAGUGGUGGUUGUGGAAGGCUAGCUGUUAGCGAGCACCGCGUAGCUAGUUGAUUCAUUGCUGGCCACUAACUCUCCUUGGUGACAACCACAACAAUAUCGGAACCAGGAAACAUACACAGUUUAUUGCUUGAACACGCAUACCUCGCUGUGAUUUAAUGAGCCUUAUCUAACUCUUGCUCAACCCAGCAAUUAAAUUACCUUUUGGAAUAAUUUACCCAGAAAAUAAGAACAUCUUAUUUGUCUUUACUCCAUUUUCAAUAAGUAUUGAAUUCAAAUCAAAUUGAGUGUUUGAUGAUUUCAACACAAACGAGUAAAACUCUGAUAAUCAAUCUUGAUAUCUUUGACAAAUGUGAGCAGGAGCUCUACUAUGUAGAGCUGCUAUGGGGCUUUGCAUCGUAUGAUACAAAGCCCCACUGUCGAGAAAUAUCAACAUGACAAUCUGAUACUUCAAAUACAUGAAAUGGUCCGAUCUAAUGCUUUAUUAGUAUUUUUAUAGAUUGGACUUUUUCUUUCUUUUUACAUUCUUUUUUUUGCUCAGAUCCUUCCUCAGAUUCUCGUGGUUAGCUGACCCUGACUAUAGUCUCAGUGUGUGUGUGUGUGUGUGUGUGUGUCAUGGUUUACUGCUGGACUUACUGUACAUUCCGGUACUGUGAUUUUUGUGCCAUAAAGUGCUGUUUUUGACUCCUCUUUGUUAUAAUAGUGGAUGUGAAAAUUGGUAGAAAAAUUUGGUAAGAACAGAAUAAAAAAUGUCACCGUUGGUGUUAUGUGAAGAAUAUGCAGGACAGUUAUCCUUGCAUAAAUAUGAAGUAGUUAAACAUCUCAGAGUGCAUUCUUGUAUUUUAUUGUAUUGUCAAAAUGAAAAACCUAUUGGACCUUUGUUGAGAGUAAUAUGUUUAAAAAAGAUUAAGAUUGUACGACUUUGUACUACUUUAACUAAUUUAGAUUAGUAUGCUCAGCUCUGCUGUCAUGGCCAGUGACUAUCUAUUGUGAAAUGUAAAUUUAAAAAAAUGCUGUCUCCAGAAUGUUUUUGUUUUGUAAUUAUGUGGCUAAAAUAGAAGAAAUAUGUAUGUAAAUGACAAAUAUUGAUAGAAAACACAAAAUAGGAGACAAUCAAUCCAACAAAGAUAAUUUACUUAAAUGAUGUAUUUAUUUUCUUAUUUAAUUGUUGAAUGAACCUAAAUUCUGCUGGCCAGUGAGGGAGCAUCAUUUCAAUGGAUAUUACAGAAUAUUUAUGAUUAUUUUAUUGUUCUAUAAGGAACUAUGAAGAGUCAGUUUCCAUUUUAGUAAAUCCAGAUCAAAUGUCGCUUUAAUUGUCUGAAGUGUAGAAUGUUUAGUCAACAGGUACUUGUAUAAUUGGGAAUGAAAUGUAUUUUAAAAAUAUAGUAAUACUGUGAGAUAUUAAUUGUUGGCUUAUGAGGUUUCUCUCUGUGAAACCAUCUGAUCUGUGAGGUGAGGAGGGUUUCUAGGGUUUGGUUGCUUGGUUCUCAAACUCCAAAACUAAUAAAACACUGUCCAAAGAAAAAAAUA